UUGAAUUCGAUCGUAUUUGUAUUUUUAUAAUUAGACUGGAAGAUUAGAAGAAUUUAUUCUUUUAUCUUUCUAUAGGGUCUCAGUGUCAGUCUCAGUGUUAGUCUCAGUGUCAGUCUCAGUUCCAGUCUCAGUUUCAAGUCUCAGUGUCAGUCUCAGUGUCAUUCUCAGUUCCAGUCUCAGUUUCAAGUCUCAGUUUCAAGUCUCAGUGUCAGUCUCAGUUCCAGUCUCAGUUUCAAGUCUCAGAUUCAGUCUCAGUGUCAGUCUCAGUUCCAGUCUCAGUUUCAAGUCUCAGUUUCAGUGUCAGUCUCAGUUCCAGUCUCAGUUUCAAGUCUCAGUUUCAAGUCUCAGUGAUAGACUCAGUGUCAAGUCUCAGUGUCAAGUCUCAGUGUCAAGUCUCAGUUUCCAGUCUCAGUUUGCAGUCUCAAUUUUCAAUAUUAAGAUUUCAGCUUUAGACUACAGGACUGAGGUCUUCAUCUCAGUAAGUCUGUCUGACGAUGCAAGUUUUGUUUUCACGGGUCUGAGGUUCCAGAUUCCAGACUGGGGGUAGCUGUGUCCAGACCUGGUGAUACAGUGUGAACUAUGAACUUUUGUUUGUCGUCGGUGAAGAGUAUCCGGGCCAGAAGCUAGAUUUACGGGGAUUACCAGUUGUUGACUUUAAAGUUUAUGUGGACAAUUGUACUGACCCUAUAAUUUAAGAUGACUCACUGCUAAUAUAUCAACACAUCAAAUAUGGAGCUUAAGUAUCCUCUAAUUUUAACACUGUUCAUUGUUUCCGUGAAAUCAGAUUGUGAAUCAAUUAUCAAUUUUUGUGAAAGGGAUCGUUUAAAUAGGCCCGGUUUGACGUGCAUGUAUGUUAAAGAAGGCGUGGACUGUAUCGUUAAUAAAGGUUGUGAUCUAAAAACUUACGACAAAAUAAAAAAUUUUACUGAGAGUUGGACAAAAAUCCUUAAAGAGAGAAACUGUUCAAUUUCUCUUAAAGAACUAAUGUGGAUAAAAGAGUGUUCUGAUUGUUCUCAACAUUGUUUUGAUUUUAUUAAAGACGACAUUACAUUUUUAAGUCCGUACACAGCAGAGCAAAGUAUCAACGACGAGAACUUUUGUCAAAAUUUUGUUUCCUUUGAAAAAUGUAUUUCUGCUGAAGGCUGCUAUAUAAGAGAUAUAACCUUCCCAGAAAUACCCUCUGAAAUAUGGAAUAAACAAUUUCGGGCUCAAAAAUGUACUUUCACGCUUGAAGAACUGGAGAAGGGCAAUGGCAAUACGGUCCUACGAGCUUCCUACAAAUAUCUGGUAGUACUGGUAACAAUGAUUGGUACAGUUGUGUUCUGGUGAAACCUACUUACCAAGCCAUUCUAAUAACGUCUAAACAAAAAUUAAUUGGUCAUAUUUUUCUUUUUAAUUCCUUUAUAAUCUUCAAUCUCACAUUACUUUAUGUAUUUUCUACUGAAUUCAUUUUUGUUUUAGUAUAUUUAUAAUUAAUUAUUGCAUAAUCAUUUUGAUAUAUAAUCAUUUUGAUAUAUAUAUAUAGUAUGCAAACUCAAUAAAAUGCUUUUCAAUCCAUUACCAGGGGGGUUUGGGGGGAUUUUUCUCCCCCCCCCCCCCCCCGCAAUAAAAUCAUAUUUGUGUGUGUGCGUGUGUAUGUGUACAUAAUUAAUCCCUUCAUUCUUUCGGAAGACGUUUAUUGUACCCUAGAAUAGGUUCUUCGUGGAGUUAGAGGGAAAAUUGUAGACUUUCCACCAUCGUAAGCAAGGGUCUGGGGGAGCGCUGUGAGCAGAGCCCCGCCGCCCGGCACUAUUUCCUGUAUUAAAAUGCAUAUUCUGAGGUACCUACAGUGCAUUAUCCUGCUAUUAAAAAGUUUUAUUUCAAAAACCUUAUGUGCUAUUCUUACUGACUUAGAUCCACUCGCGUCGUUUGGCGCAUUUGGCGGCACAAAAACCUGUCACUGGCAAUGUCUGAAGCCUCUUCCCACCUACUCUAAGGACCUCCAUGAAAGUAGCGCCAAGUUGUACUAGGAUGCCCCUGUUUGCGCUUUCCUCGUAAUGGCCUCUAUGUCAUCGCAAUUCUUACGAUGCGUAAUUCAUUUUGUCAGAGAACAUGUCCCCAAACCUCAUAAGACGCUCUGUCACAACCUUACUAAGGGGUUGAAUCCCAGUUCGGCAUAGGAAUCUUUGAUUGAGACCCGAUCUCUCUAACUGACAACUAAAAUCCGUCUUAGCCAUCUUUGUUGAGCCACAUUUACACUUUUUCAGUUUCGGCAGAUGAUUAUUCACUGCACUUUAUUAAUGGAGCCCAGUCACUGGGCUACGCGUUUGGAAAUAUGUGACUGUAGUUUGCUACGCUCAUAGAAUUUUGAGUGUGUAAUUUGCUUUUGUUUAUAUAGAAUGGGGGGGGGGGUUAAACUAAAAAAAAAACCUUGGCUACGAUUAUAGAAUUUUGAGUAUGUCAUUUGCUUUUUUAUAAUGAAGAGGUGGUUUUUAGCUAUAAACCAUGCUAAAGGGGGAUUUUAAACACAAACCAACUAAGGCUACGUUCAUAGAAUCUGGUGACUGAUGUAUGGAUAGUCCUAUAUGAAAGGGUGGGGGGCGUAAAUUUUGGAGGGGUCUUAAAAUCAAAAUUUUCCUUAGCUAUGCUCUUGGAAAUUGGGUAUUCUCUUUGCAUUCUUUUUUUCCGGUUUUGUAUUAUAGAAGAGGGGGGUUUAACUGCAAAACCCCCUUGGCUGCGCUGGGGCAAAUGGUAAUUUAGUAUUACAAUCUCACCCAAAAUAAAUAUAAUCAAAGCAAAAAAUCAGUCACUAAAUUCCGAUCGCCACCCAGCAGGGGGGGGGAUUUUAUUUCCGGGGGGGGGGGCGUUGAACCCCAACCCCCCUGGCUACGUCCAUAAUAUAUAAAAAUAUAUAAAUAUAUAUAUAUAAUUUUGCACACAAAAAACUACAAUGUUGUGUCAAGCUUAGGAAAAGGAGAACAUUCACGUCUUACUUAAUGCACAUGUUCUUAUAACCAUCUAAGGGCCCCGUGUAACUCCCAGGUACCUAGGUCGCAGGUCUGAUUAGAGCCUGUUCCCUUCAUUUGUUAUGUUUAUGGUUUUAAGAUGGAUGUCUUUUCCCAAAGUGAAUAAUAUGUGAGAGACUGAUGUUUAUAACGAGGUCUGGAUCUAAUUGUGCUAAAUUGGAUGAGUAUUCCUGAUAAAAUAAACAUUACAUUUUCAUUAUAAUAAAUGUCAAUACUUUUAA